AUGCUACCACCAAAAACCCACUCAAUCUCCUCCUCCCUCCCUCUCACCCUAAUCGUCGCGACAACCCCAAUCCGCAUCGCGUCCACACCCACAGAUGAAACGCGUCUUGGAAUCGGCCUGAAAGGCACCCUCCCCUGGCCCCGCAUCAAAGCCGACAUGAGCUUCUUCGCACGCGUAACAUCACGCGCACCCCGGGGAACCACAAAUGCCAUAAUAAUGGGGCGGAAAACCUACGACUCGGUCCCGAAACACCUUCGCCCGCUUGCGAAGCGGAUUAGCGUGGUUAUCACGCGUGAUACAUCUGGCUCUGUGCGUGAGGGGGUUUUGCGGGAAUUGGAGGCGAGGAAGGCGAAGAUGGCUGCCAAUGCUAAGGCUGUGGAGGUUGCUGCUGGUGCGGCGGAGGAGCCUGAACCUAUUACGGAUGCGAUUGUGACGCCGAGCUUGGACGCUGCGCUUUCUGAGUUGGAUUCUGUCUAUGGGGCUGGGUUGGGGAAGAUCUUUGUCAUUGGUGGUGCGGAGAUUUAUGGGGCUGCGUUGAGGAUGCAGUUUGCUUCUCCGAGGCCCGUUAGGGUUGUUAUGACUAAUGUUGUAAGGAAGGGGGAGGAUGGGGUUGAGGUGCCGUUUGAGUGUGAUACGUUUUGGCCAUUGGAUGGGAUGGAUGAGCGGAAUGGGUGGAGGAGUGCCAGCCCUGAGGAGUUGACGGAGUGGGUUGGGGAAGAGGUUUCUGGGGAAUGGAAGAGGGAGGGGGAGGUUGAGGUUCAGAUGGUUGGGUUUGAGAGGUUGGAUCGAUAG